GACAAAUCCCAUAUCAGUAGAUAAGUGAAAUUAUAUUUUCCUUUUGACCUCACAAAACUAAGCACCAAAAUUUUUCUCUUUUACUAGCCCAGCACAUGAUUGUAUUUGAAUUCAUGUGCAUAUGGAGAAAGAUAUUGAGUCAAUCAAACACUCUUUUAGAGGGAUAUGAGAAUAGCUUCUGGACAUGCAGUGUUUCCAAACUUGGCUAUUCUGGUACAGCAAUUAUAUCCCAGAUAAAGCCGCUUUCAGUCAGAUAUGGCCUGGGCAUAUCAGAUCAUGAUAGUGAAGGUCAUCUGGUGACGGCUGAAUUUGAUACAUUUUAUUUGCUAAGUGCCUAUGUUCCUAAUUCUGGAGAUGGCUUGAGAAGGCUGCUAUACAGGAUCACAGAAUGGGAUCAAUCUCUUAGCAAUUACAUGAAGGAGCUGGAAAAGUCAAAGCCUGUCAUUUUGACAGGUGAUCUCAAUUGUGCACAUGAAGAGAUAGACAUUCAUGACCCUACCGGGAAUAAGAGGAGUGCUGGGUUUACAAAUGAAGAAAGGCACUCUUUUGGAACAAACUUCAUAUCCCGGGGAUUUGUGGAUACCUUUAGAAAGCAACAUCCUGAUGUUGUUGGCUAUACUUACUGGGGUUAUCUACAUGGUGGCCGCAAAACAAAUAAAGGUUGGCGGCUAGACUACUUCCUCGUCUCAGAAUCCAUUGCUGACAAGGUUUACGAUUCAUACAUUCUUCCUGAUGUUACCAGUAGUGAUCAUUGCCCUAUUGGCCUUAUACUGACACCUUAGUUAAACCGUCAAUAUUUUAGCUAUUGUUCAGACUACCAGAUGGAAUCAACCCAAAAAACCAACUUCCAAGAAACUUGAUGGUGUGGACAGUUGGAAAAAGUAGAUGUAAGUGACCAUUUUGCUGUCUAAUCCCAGUGAGAAAAACUGCUUCAUAGCUUUAACUUAUGCUACCAGCUCUGGUUUUCUUUCCCCCACGAACAAAUUUAUCAAAUAUUUUGCAAGGUCAUCUCCCAUAUGGGAAGGGGGUAGAACUUAAAUUUCCAGAGAUUUCACUGAAAUUUUAAUUAGUCAGUGUUUGUACAGUCUAUUUCCCUGAUAUGAUAUCCCCUUGGUAGUAGUUGU